AUGUGCCUGAAGAAGAACCUCCCUCAUGACGUAGUCCUCGAAAUUCUUAAGAGAUUGCCAGUGAAGCCUCUCAUGAGAUUCAAAUGCGUCUCCAAAUCAUGGCGUUGCAUGAUCGAAGAUCCGGACUUCAUGGCCAUGCACUUGAAGCAAAAGUACAAGGUGGUUCUGAGUUCGCCUCCGGAUUUUGUCGACAUGUACUCUGCUCGUAUGGUUCUAGGAUUUGGAUACAACGACAGGACUAAUGACUGCAAGGUUGUUAGAAUUACUUAUUUUCCUGAUAAGUAUGGAGGAUACUCGGGCAGAUUAGAACCUGAAGUUGAUGUUUAUAGCCUCAGUACUGAUAUGUGGCGAACGGUCGAAUUCGAUGUUGGAUGCGAGCUGAGUGACCGCUUGACGGUUUGUUUCAAUGGAAAUUUGCAUUGGAUCUCAACCGAUGUCGAUGAAGACCAUUGCUGGUGUUAUGGAUCGAUAAUCACAUUUGGCAUAGUGGAUGAGAUCUUCGACAAAAUGUCACUGCCAAAUAGCUGUUUUGUUGGAGUCACGUACAACUGUGCUUAUCUGGCAGUGUCGAACAGCUCCCUAGUGCUGCUAAUUAAUCAAGUGGAUCCGAGAAAUCAAUCGAAUGAUAUGUGUUACAUUUGGGUUAUGACGGAAUAUGGCGUACCUAAGUCCUGGACUAAGCUGCACACCUUAUAUCUUGAUGAAGGAGUGUCUAGAUUUCACGGCUUCACAAGGAGAGGCGAGCUUCUUAUGGAGACAUGGCAACAUGAGUUGAUUUCGUGGAAUCUGAGUGUGGGGAUGACCUGA